GCAUGUUCCUUUCCAUCUCUCGCAUGUUCCUUUCCAUUUCUCUUUCUCUCUCUACAAUUCAAUAUGAAAACACAGACAAGCGUAUAUAUAGCUGUUGCUGAGGCAAAAAGAAGAUUGGAUUACAGAAGAAAAUAAGUGCUUUUUGGUUCCCAAAAUGCUGAUCUCUGCUCAAAGCUGAUAUUGAAUUGGGCAUGAUCGGCAUCACAUGAUCCUUCUAAUCGGCAUUUAAUUAUUUUUUUAAGUGCGUUUUCGCUUUUCAAUUUCAUUUAAUCUGUGUAUUUUGUGGGAGUUGAUUCGAAUUGAUGUGAUGGGCAUUGGGUUUUUUUCAAAUUUUCAUACGAAACAUAUUGGAAUCAAAAAAGGACUUUUAGGGUGAGAGAGAGAGAAAUGGGUGUUGAAUUGAUGGAGAUUGGAGUGAAAACAAGGAGAGUUGUAAUCGUGACGACCAGAAUAUGUUACAGAUCAGUUUGCCAUCACCCAUUCCUUUUGGGUAUGGUGUUAUUCUUGAUUUUUCUGUACAGAUCAUUUCCUUUUUUGUUUUCCCUUUUGGUAUCUGCUUCCCCUGUUUUUGUUUGUACUGCUGCUUUGCUUGGAACCCUUUUGAGUUUGGGGCAGCUGAAUGCACCCGAAAUCCGGAAGGAAGAAAAGAGACCCUACGAAUUGCGGUCUUUGAAAACAGGAGUUUCGAGAGAUGCCAUUGUAGUUGAGAGAGAUGACAAAUUUUCUGUAGAGAGGCACCCCGGAAAGAGAAGGGAUGUAGUAGAGAAGUCCAUUGAGAAACCAAGUUCCACAGCGAGUAAUGUCAGUGAUAGUGAUGGUAGUUUUGUUGAUAUUGCACCAUCUAUCAAGGGGAAUUCCAGGGAGAUUCAAUUUGAGAAGCAGGUGGAUGGGGCUGCAGAGAGAAAAUUACAUGAUUUGAGAUUUAGAAAGAAGGGUGAAAUGAAUGAAGAGAAACUGCGUGUUGGAAUAGAUCUCGAGCAUAAGUACACUCGGAUUCCAAAUGAAGCGGAUGAAAAUAUUGAUGCAGAACAUGACAAGUCACCAGUGGAAUUUUUCCAUUCCCCUAUAGCAGAUGACUUGGUGACUUCUCCAGUUUCACCAUGGAAACAAGUAGACAAGGAGGCGGAGGACGCAUACGAGGAUGAUGAUGAGGCUUCAUAUUUUGGUUCUGAUCGAGCAGAGAGUUUCUCUCCUGACACUUCCAUAGCUGACAUCCUGCCAAUGCUUGAUGAGCUCCACCCGCUUUUAGAUAUAGAUGCUCCUCCACCUGCUCAUAUUUCCCAUGAUGGCUCUGAUGCCGCUUCUGAACGGUCUUUGAAAUCCAGUGACGACAUUAAUGAAUCGGAUGAGGAUCCUGAAAACCAAGAGGAAGAAUUUGGUGAUGAUGAUAAUGAUGAUGAUGAGGAGGAAGAAAUGCACUUUGGCAAAAUGGAUAGAACUAAAUCUGCUAUCACAUGGACAGAGGAUGACCAAAAGAAUCUCAUGGAUUUGGGGACCUCUGAACUGGAGAGGAACCAGCGAUUGGAGGUUCUUAUUGCAAGGAGAAUGGCAAGGAAAGACCCGAAGAUGGUGGCUGAGAAGAACUUGAUAGACCUGGAAAGUUCUGAUCCUGCAUUUAAUAUUGCACCCAUUUCUACAACAAGAUGCAAUCCAUUCGACCUUCCUGAUGAUUCCAAUGACAAUAUGGGGUUACCGCCAAUUCCUGGGUCCGCUCCAUCUAUUUUCGUACCAAGACAGAACCCUUUCGAUCUUCCUUAUUACUCGAGCGUAGAGAAACCUGAUCUCAUGGGAAACAGUUUCCAACAAGAGUUCAUGACAUUUCAUCCCAAGGACACAAUCUUCCGAAGGCAUGAAAGUUUUAACAUGGGACCAUCAUGGGUUCGGUCCCCAAAGCAGGAGAAGCAAGAAAUCAGGUUUAGACCUUAUUUUAUACCAGAGCGGAUGCCUUCAGAAGGAACAAGCUAUUCUCCUUUCCAAAGACAAAUAUAUACUCCCUUCCAAAGACAAUUAAGUGAAAUUAGUGAGUCCAGGACAAGUUCUGUUCUUGAAACUGAAUCAAUUUGUGAAGCUGGUGAUCAUGAAGAUGAGGAACUCAUUUAUGAAGAUCUUUCUCAAGAAGUGCUGGUCUCCAACACAAAGCGUGCUUCUGAGCAUGUUGAACAUGGUACUCAAUCCUCUGGAGUUUUAGAUUCUGUGAAGUUAGAUCAAGUUGAGAAGAGAGAAAUUGAACCCAAUGACGUUGAAAUUAAAUUGGGGGAUCCGGAAAAUCAUCAUGAAAUGGGAUUAAGCGUAUCAGAAGCAGGAGGUGUCGCUACUCUGGAACAUAACACAGGUGAGGUUUUUCUGAAUCUCUCCAACACAAAACAUGCUUCUGAGCAUGGUGAACAUGGUGCUCAAUCCUCUGGAGUUUCAAAUUCUGUGAAGUUAGAUCAAGCUGAGAAGAGACAACCCAAUGAGGUUGACAUUAAAUUGGGGGAUCUGGAAAAUCAUCAUGAAAUGGGAUCAAGCUUAUCAGAAGCAGGAGGUGUGGCUACUCCUCUGGAACAUAAAACAGGUGAGGUUUAUCUGAAUACUGGAGCAGUUGAUAACAGUAGUAAAUCAAGCUCAACAGCAUUCAUAGAAGUAAAUGAGAAGAUCUUUUAUGAAAAGGAAGUUGAAAGAUUAUCAAAUUUGGAGCUAAGAGAAGGCAAUCUUAUUGAGGAGUCUGCCGUUCCAAUGCGACCUUUGCAAGAAGAGUCAGAUAUCCACAUUACCAGUGGGUUGGUGGAUGACAUUCAACACAAGGAGCCUGUUUACGAUUCAAGCCCACCGGCAAUUGGUAAGAGCCUCUCUUCUUCCUCCAUUUCUUCUGAUAUGCAAGUAGGAAUAUCUGAAGCUGGUUUGCUGCCAGUAUUGGUUAAGAGAACCAUUUAUUUUGCAGAUAUUGAAAAGGAUACUCCCAGUAAUGAAGAGAUAUUGGCAGGAUCAUCGCAGUUACAUGCAGCAGAUGAAAAUGUAUUGGGAUUGAGGGAAGUUACAGAGAUAAAUGAGCAUGAUGUAUUGGAUGUUGGGUUUUCACGAGUUGACCAAAGUGUUGACAAUGCAAAUGCAUCAAUGGUGCCUGAAUCUGUUGUUGAGCGUGCUUCAAUUAAUUCGGAACCAUCUUCAAAUGAAGUUCCCUCAUCGAGCUUUGGUGCAGAUAUACAUGUUGUGUUCCAGCAAGAUGUUGGUGAGAAUGUGGAUUCUAUGGCUUUCAAGUCUAGAUCUUCUGGUGAUUUAAAUUUGACUGCACCUGAGGAGAAAAGACCUUCCCUGGUUGUUGAAAAAGUUUCGGAUAUUCAUCAUAAUUCUUCUAGGACAGAAUCAAUACAGGAGCACUCGGUUGAUAAGGUAAUAGCUCUUCAGUUUGAGCACGACCAUCAAGUUCACUCAUCGAAUUCCAAUGCAAAUUUCCAUGCUGGCACCCACCAAGAGGCAGAUGAGAAUCUGAUUUCUACACAACAUCCUUGUCCUUCAGACGAAAAGUCCACACUGGAAUUAGAGAAACAGAUGCCUUUGACCAAUAAAUCUAUGAUCGAAAUAUCUUCUGACAAUCAUGAAAAACCGCAGGAGUUAUCGAUUACCCAGGUGGAGACUAUUCAGGAAAUAAGUACUACCAGUGAUUUGAAGGUGUCAGAAAUUCAGGAGGCCAAUAACACGGUUUCAUCAAAUACCUACUCCUCCAUAACUCCUGACCCUGCCUCCUUUCCACCUGAGGUUUCUGUAACCAAAUCAACUACAGGUGUAGCAGAAGUAAAAGACAACAAUUUUGAUGGAAUUAAAAAUCAGAAACAAAUUCAGAUCUUAGAUCACUUCAAUCAUCCGUUGGAAGCAAGUGGGUCUCAUGUCAGUGUGCCAAAUAUCACUGAAGUGGUGGAUGAGAUCAAAGAGAUUGACGAAGGAUUGCUUGAAUUGGACACAGUUGGUGACUCUGGUGUCAAAGAAUUUGGAAGAAACUUGAAUGAGAUUGAAAAACACUUGGUUCCUGUUGUUGAAACCAAGUCUGUGGGAACUGUUGCAGGUAUUCGCACACAGAAACUUGGGGCAUCUAGUGCUGAGGAGGAGACUGAUCCGUAUCAAGAGGCAUCUGAGAUCCUUGGGGCAUCUAGGGCUGAGGAGGAGACUGAUCUGCAAAAAAAUAGUGAAGUUGAGCUUGAACAUUCCAGGAUAAACCAAAAUCCAAUUGCAGAAGAGUUCAAUUCAGGUAUUCCUGUUCUUGAAGCACGGUCAGUUGAAGAGAUUGAUUCCAUGUUGAGAAAAAUUGGACCAGUGUCAACGAAAACUGAAGUUGAGCUUGGAGAGUUGGAGAUACCCUAUCAGGGUCAAACUGAAGUAGAGAUAAAUUCUGGAAUGCUAGCUCUUGAAGCGCGAUCUCUUGAGGACAUCAAUUCAGCCUUUAAGCAAAUCAGAGAAGAAGAAACUAAAAAACCCAUUGUUAUCACGUCACUCCAUACUGAGCUGAUGCGAGAAGCAUCUGAACCUGGGUGUUCUGAAGCAAGAUCAAUCAAAGAUAAUGAUUUGGCUUUUAAACAGCCCCAUGAAGGAAUGAGUGUUGAGAAACAUGUCCUUCCUAGUGUAGUUGAUGACAGGCAUGUUGUCAAAGCAAGUUCUCUAGAAGAUCCCUUGGCUCUCAAGCAAGCCUUGGGAGGUAAUCCGGAAACGCUGCUGAGGUCCAAUUCUGAAGAUGGAACAGCAAAAAGUGAGGUAAAUGUAGUGAGUUCCUCCAACGAGAUUGAAUCAAGCAUCAAAGAAUCUGAUGCGGUGGAAACUAGCACAAGCACUGCUGAAAAGCCAGGCCAUGGAGUUCAAACAUUUGAAGCUUUAAGUUUGUCUAAUGCUGAAGGGAAGAAAGCGGAAUCUCAUGAAUCGAACUCCGGUUCUAGCUCCAAAUAGAGAAUGAGAAGGCAAGAAAGAGAGAAAAAGACGAAAGCUUUUGUUGUUGAAUUUUCCUCUGUGAGAUUUUUCCUCAAAUAUAGUGGGAUUUUUGGUCUUCUAGUUUGGUUACUAAUGUUGUUUUAACUAAAAUGGUAGGCCAGUUUUGUUUAUGUUGCAUGGAGGAGUCCUUCAAGAAUGAGUUUAGGUUUGAUUUCUUGAAGUGUGAAUUUGUCAUGUCGAACUGUCUUCUGAGAGUGGGUUGUUUAAGGCUGAUUGGGGAAAAAAGAUUUUACCCCUUCAUAUUGUAUAUUAUAUUUUUUGAGGUAGAA